AUGCAUCGACACGCCAGUUACCAGUAUGCCAGCCCAGUAGCAACCACUACACGAUACUCGGGCACCUCGUCAGCCUUCUCAGCGUCGGCAAACCCCAACGAGGACUGGACAAAGAUCUCGGAUCUUGCGGAGCGCAGGCGUAUUCAGAACCGCAUUGCUCAACGCAACUACCGCAAGAAGCUCAAGAAGAGGCUCGAAGACCUUGAGCGUCGUGCUGCCUCUAGCUCAGCUUCACCUGAGCAGAAGCCUGCCGAGCUGCAGCCACCUCAGCGAUCACCGCGCCAGGAGUUCCCCUCACCAUCUUCUUCGGAAUCUUCCUACACCACCCCACCCGCCGAGGACCGCAUGUUUUCGCACCAGUACACCCGCCAGCUGUCCACCAGCCCACCACCCUUCUCGGUAACCUACUCGUCCGCCUACCCAGCACCAGACGCUGUAGCCUACUCCAUGCCCUACUCAGCCUCACCCUACCACACAAUACCAACCACACUCACCACCGACAUGCCAAGCUACGCCUACCUACCACCGCCGCACUCGUCCUCCUACUCGACUGGACUGCCAAGUCUGGUGCCCGCCAUGAAGACCGAGUACUACGCCGAGGAGGACAUGAGCCCGUUUGGUGUCGGCUACGCGGCACUUGGCGGGAUCGAGAUCCCACCACCCCACUCCUAUGCACACUCAACUUCCAGCUCUUCCGCUCGCUGCUGCUCUUCCUUCGCCGACCAAUCCACUGACCGGUUCCGGCAGAUGACGACGCCACCACUUGAGCACUCGGACAUGGACUACCCAACAACACCAAACUCCAUGCCACGAACGCCUCCCAUGCAUCCCAUCUCCUCUGUGUAA